GUCCAUCCCCGAAUACGCUUCGCACUCCUGCUCUGACCUUCGGGUGGUCUCUCCACGUCUCGAACCAUUGGUCGAUGCGUUGGACACUCCGUUGCCAUUUUGGCUCAAAGCGAGCCGCGCUUCGGGAGGCCCUCGCCAGCGCGCCUGCACAGGCGCAGGCGCGCAAGCGGCCGCGAUGGAGGACGACGCUGCCCACGGCAAGCAUGCGGGCCGCCGCCGGGCAGCCGCGAGUGCUCGGACGCUCGCCCGCCGCCGCCGCCGCGAGUUCAGGCGUGAGUUUGGGCUCAGCCGCGGCGCUGCGCUUGCACGUCGUCUCCAGCUGGUUCGUCAUGGUCUUGUUGCGCACUGGAGGCUGUCCGACGUGAUCGGCAGCCACUGCUCCGCUAUGGGGAUGGCCCUCAAGGCGGCCGACCUUGUGGGAGCGGAUGCAGAUCUACAUCGAGAAGCAGGAGAGGAUUGCAGCGGAGCGAACUGGGCGCGCCAUGCUCCGCCGCCUGGACUUGGGCAGAUGCCCACAUGCCCGAGCUCGCCGCUGGUGAGCACGCUUGAGGCAUUCCGCGCCGACCUCUACCUGGAGCCGCCAGCUGAUUUCCUACUUCAGGAAUUCGGUGUCCUGGGAGCCGGAGAUGUUCAAGGUGAUCGUGAAGUGUUUGAUGUUCGUGCCGAUUGUUGUUUUCGUCCUGGUGCUGCCGCUCGUCCCCGGGACGACGCUGGCGCUGAUCGUGCAGACUACGCCGUUCGCGGAGUUGCCGAGGACCGUGAGGCUGCUGGUCCGCAAGCUGUUUGUGCAACUCCCCGAGGUGGUGGUCUUCUUCCUGAUGCCGCCGCUCGUCAUCAGGAUAGUUUUGGAGCUGCCGCUGCGGAUCCUGAAGUUCAUGUGGAUGCUGGUGCUCAAGUUUGUGACGGCGCGUCCGACGUUUCUCGAAGGGGUUCCUGGUGCUCUUCACGUUCAAGGUGGUGUGGAAAAUCAUGGAGUUUCUGGAGCCUCCUAUCCACGCCUUGCUGAUGGAGAUCCGAGUUGUUCUCUCCUCGCGCAUGGUGAAAUUGAAGCUCAAAGUGUUCCUAGUGUCCUGGUUCGUCAUCCUGAAGAUGGAGUUUCUGGCGUUUGUGGCGCUUCUCAGCAUCAUCUUGACGACGAGCGAGGUGAAGGUCCUGGUGUUUGCUUCCCCGAUCGUGCUACUCCUUAUGCUGUUCAGGCAGACCUUCCUGGUGAUGUUCGCGGAGGCCGUGCUGGUCUACCCGAUGCUCGCGAGGAUCUUCUUCAGGGUUGUACCGUUCUUCCGCAUGUUGUCCCAGAGGUCUCUGAGUCGUCUGGCCAUGCGGGACCUCUUGAUGCCCUCCCUGACUGCAUCCAGGCGCUCUUCAGCUACGUGGUACAGCAGCCUGGGUCCGAGGCCAUGGAGGGUGAUAUCAUCACGUGGUACGCGGAACGGAUUGAGGAUAGCAUCCAGACGGUGGCCCAGCUCCUUGAGGUGCAGUUUGCCAUCCAGGAUGCGAUCCACCAGAUGAUCGUUGGCGGCUGGUUCGUGGUUGCCAGGCAGUCGGGCGACGCCCUGAGGCCCGAGAGGCGCGUGCUGAUGGCCGCGGCCCUGGCGCGCUGACAGCCCCGUGGAUAAAUCGUUCAGGCCCGAUGGGAUCGCGGAGAAAAAAAAC